AUGAAGGUCAAGGCCAUCUCGCGCGACCGGCGCGACUUCACGCGCGCGCGCGCCUCGGAGAUUGUGCCGGUUCAGCGCUCGAUGGCGCCGGAGCUGCACCCGUUCGAGAAGGCACGGGAGUACAAGCGCGCGGUGAACGCGGUCAAGCUCGACCGGCACUUUGCCAAGCCCUUCGUGGGCGCGCUCUCCGGCCACUUCGACGGCGUGCAGUCCAUGGCGAAGAACCCGUCCUCACUUUCGAUGAUCGUCUCCGGCGCGUGCGACGGCGAGAUCCGGCGGUGGUGUCUGACGGAGCAGCGGCAGGGCGCGCGGUGGACGUCGCAGGCGCAUAGCGGCUUCGUGCGCGGGCUCGCCUUCUCGCGCAACGGCCACCACUUUGUCUCCGCCUCGGACGACAAGACCGUCAAGCUCUGGUCCGCGAGUGCGCCGGCCAGCUCGACCGAGCCGCUCGCCACAUACCUCGGGCGGUACCCGUUCACCGGCGUGGACCACCACUGGAAGGACCACCUCUUCGCCACCUCGGGCGCGACCGUGCAGCUCCUUGCGCGGACGCGUCCACGACGCGUCCAUGACCUGUCCGCGCAGGCGCUCCAGUCGUUUGAGUGGGGCGCCGACACCGUCACGGCGGUCCGCUUCAACCCCGCGCAGCACUCGCUCCUCUGUUGCCUCUCCGCCGACCGCGGCGUCACGCUGUACGACGCGCUGCAAAAGAUGACGAUGCAGACGCGCGCCAACGCGUGCUGCUGGAACCCGAUGGAGCCGAUGCACCUCACUCUCGCCUCCGAGGACCACGACCUGUACACCUUCGACAUGCGCCGCCUCUCCCAGGCCAUCUGCGUCCACUCGGGACACGUCUCCGCCGUCCUCGACCUCGACUACUCCCCGACCGGCACGCAGUUCGUCUCCGCCUCGUACGACAAGACGCUCCGCCUCUGGAACAGCUGCUACAACGUCUACCACACCAAGCGGAUGCAGCGCCUCUCGUGCGUGCAGUGGUCGAUGGACGCCGCCUACCUGCUCUCCGGCUCGGACGACACGAACGUGCGGCUCUGGCGCGCCGUCGCCAACGAGCGCGGCGCGCCGCAGCUGGGCCGCGAGCAGCGCAAGCGCGAGUACGCCGCGGCGCUGGUCGAGAAGCACCAGCACUUGCCCGAGGUGCGCCGGAUCAAGGCGCACACGCACCUGCCCAAGCGGGUGCUGAAGGCGGCGCUCGUCAAGAAGACAGUGCGCGGCACGCAGCAGAAGCGCGAGAAGAACCGGCGCGCGCACUCGGCGCCGGGGGCGGUGCCAAAGGUGCAGCGGAAGAAGAAGCAGGUGUGGAGCGUGCAGGAAUGA